AGGACCCCGGGCUGUCCCCAGGCGGGGUCCCCGUGACUGGGGACUGGCGUGCCUGAGGUCCGGUAAGGUCCCGUAAGGCUCCUCUCGUCCCGUUGGCAGUGCCGCUGCCGCAUCCCUGCCGUCCUCCCAAAAAUAGAAGAGCGAGAAGAACACAACUCCCAGACAAACGUGCAAGAUUACGAUACUUUUGAGGUACCUACACGGCCAGCUUUCAGAAUUUCGAGAAAUUAAAUUGCAUAAAUAUGGCUGAACUUUCAGAGCCAGAAGGUACUGUAAACUGGAAGGAAAGAUGUUUAACUUUGGAGUCACAGUUAAUGAAAUUUCGUCUCCAGGCAAGCAAGAUCAGAGAGCUAUUAGCAGAAAAGAUGCAGCAGCUUGAGAAACAAGUUGUAGAUGCUGAUCGUCAAGCAGAGAGAGCGUUUCAGCAGGUGCAGAUCAUGGAAGAGAAAUUAAAAGCAGCAAAUGUUCAAACAAGUGAAUCAGAAACCAGGUUGUAUAAGAGAUGUCAAGAUCUGGAGAUCCUGAUACAAGAUAAAAAUGAUAUAAUACAAAAAUUGGAGCAACAACUUGAAGAACAGAAGCAAAUAAGACUGCAAGAAGCAAAAAUCAUAGAAGAAAAAGCAGCUAAAAUAAAAGAAUGGGUGACAGUCAAGCUUCAUGAGUUAGAGGUGGAAAAUCAGAACCUUCGCUUGAUCAACCAAAAGCAAACGAAAGAGAUGAAAACAGUACAAUCUAAACUGCAAGAAGCUACUGGCAAGAAAUCUGUUAAUUCAACACAAAAGCCUGGAGAGUGUCAGCGACUAAGCAGUUUGACUUUUAGAUGCUUUUCAAAUAGAGCAAGAAGUCCACAACCGUCUCCUAAGCUUGAAGAAAUAAGCAAGGCUUCAUCUAAAGAGUCAGACUACUCUGAAGGCAAAAAGAUGCCAGAGAAGGAUAUCCUGGAAACUACCUUUGCUGGUCCUGUACACGAGACAAAUAAAGGUCAGAAGUCAUUGCAACAAAGUUCCUCUGGUUCAGAGCAGAACAAAAAUGUGAGAAUAAGCUACUCAUCCAAAGACAUAGACAGUGACAUGUCAAAGAACUCAUGCACUACUGGGAGUGACUGGAGCUCAGAUGAGGAUGGAGGAGACAAUAAAGGACUGAAAUCCAGGUGUGCGUCGACUCUUUCAAGCCACACAUCUGAAGAGAAUGCAAGGUACAGUAGAGUGGGAAGUGAAAUGUAUUUGACAGCAUCUGAUGACAGUAGUUCUCUAUUUGAAGAAGAGAGUUUUGAUGUUAAGAGGACUCAGCAAAAGAAGCUAUACUCAUGGCAGCAAGGGUCCCAAAGAAAAGGACUGAGCAAUCCAGGUGGAAAGUGCCACUCUGACUUCACAAGGAAAAAGAAAGACCAAGAUAGUUCUUCGGAUGAGCUGAAUAAGAAAUUUCAGUCACAGAGGCUAGAUUAUUCAUCCUCAUCCAGUGAGGCAAAUACCCCAAGUCCCAUUUUAACCCCUGCUCUGACACCCAAACAUCCAAUUCUAGCAACUUCUGCAGGUUCUCAAUGCACAACUCCAUCAGAUUUUCCCUCCAAUUUGCCACAUCCAAGGUUACGGACUCCUAAUGUCUUUAGUCUAAAUUCAGCAUUAGCAAAGAAACACCUAAGCCAGCCCCAGCUGAGUUCUGACAGAAUGUUUGGUAGGAACAGAAAUGCCAUAAGCAUGAUCCGUCCAUGGAGACCUCAGGAAACAGACAUAGAUCUGGUGGAUGGAGAAGAUACUGGUAUUUUAGAGAAAAUGGAGAUUGGCUGUGAUGAAGGAGCAUUUACCUAUGACUGCACUGAAGCACAAAAUGCUGAAGCCCAGGAACUCUGUGAUACGACAAAAAAGGGUGCUAGCAACAAACCUCCAACGCCUCCAUUACAUCGAUUUCCUUCCUGGGUAAGCAUGGAAAGCAGAAUUUAUGCUGUAGCCAAAUCUGGUUUAAGGAUGUCUGAAGCUUUCACCAUGGAAUCUCUUAAUAAAAGUGCUGUUUCACUAACUUCAUGCUCCAUAUCUGGAUUAUAUACAUCUCUGAUAUAUAAGAACAUGACCACUCCUGUCUACACCACUUUGAAAGGGAAGGCAACUCAAAUAAGCAACAGCCCAUUUCUAGAUGAGUCAUCGGGAUCUGAGGAAGAAGACAGCUCUCGCUCCAGCUCAAGGACUUCCGAGUCUGAUUCUCGAAGCAGAAGUGGUCCAGGGAGUCCUCGGGCUAUGAAACGAGGUGCUUCUCUGUCUUCUGUGACCUCUGAAAGUGACUAUGCUAUUCCCCCAGAUGCAUAUUCAGUAGAUACAGACUAUUCAGAACCAGAGCAGAAAGUUCCUAAAACCUCGUCCUCAUCUAGUGAUAAUGGAAAAAAUGAACCUUUGGAAAAAUCUGGAUAUCUGUUAAAAAUGGGUGGUAAAGUAAAGACCUGGAAACGACGGUGGUUUGUACUUAAAGGAGGUGAAUUGCUGUACUACAAAUCUCCAAGUGAUGUCAUUCGAAAGCCUCAAGAUCAAAUUGAGCUAAAUGCAUCCAGCCACAUUGAAAGAGGUGAUGGAAAACAAACAAUUCAGCUGACCACAGAGAAACGAACAUACUACCUGACUGCUGAUUCCCCCAACAUCUUGGAGGAAUGGAUCAAAGUACUGCAGAAUGUUCUUAAAAUACAGGCUGCCAGCCCACUCUUCGUACAGUCCGAAAUCAAGCCAACCAUGAAAGGAUUACUUACAAAGGUGAAACAUGGAUAUUCCAAAAGGGUUUGGUGUACCCUAGUUGGAAAAAUUCUGUAUUACUUCCGUAAUCAAGAAGACAAGUUUCCUCUUGGUCAAAUCAAGCUUUUUGAGGCAAAGGUUGAAGAAGUUGAUAGAUCCUGUGAUUCUGAUGAAGAUUAUGAAGCCAGUGGACGCAGUUUAUUAUCAACCCAUUACACUGUUGUUAUCCACCCCAAAGACCAAGGACCCACUUACCUUCUUAUAGGAUCUAAACAUGAGAAGGACACGUGGCUUUAUCAUCUGACAGUUGCAGCUGGAAGUACCAAUGUAAAUGUUGGAUCUGAGUUUGAACAACUUCUUGGCAAAUUAUUAAAUGUGGAAGGUGAUGCCACUUCUCAGAUUUGGAGACAUCCUACUCUUUGCCACAGCAAAGAAGGAAUUACUUCCCCUCUUACAACACUGCCAUCAGAAGCCUUGCAAACUGAAGCAAUUAAAUUAUUUAAGACCUGCCAGUUGUUUAUAAAUGCUGCAGUUGACUCUCCUGCCAUUGAUUACCAUGUAUCUUUGGCCCAAAGUGCUUUGCAGAUCUGCCUCACACAUCCUGAACUUCAAAAUGAGAUCUGUUGCCAACUUAUUAAACAGACCAGACGUCGACAUCCACAAAACCAGGCAGGACCAAUACAGGGCUUGCAGCUCUUGGCCCUCUGCGUUGGACUCUUUCUGCCCCAGCACCCAUUCCUUUGGCUUCUUAAACUUCACCUAAAGAAGAAUGCAGAUUCCAGGACUGAAUUUGGGAAAUAUGCAAUAUAUUGCCAGCGCUGUGUAGAACGUACCCAGCAGAAUGGAGACCGAGAAGCCAGACCUUCCAGAAUGGAAAUCCUUUCCACUCUUCUGAGAAAUCCCUACCACCAUUCACUGCCCUUCAGUAUUCCAGUUCACUUCAUGAAUGGUAUAUAUCAGGUUGUUGGGUUUGAUGCUUCUACCACAGUAGAGGAAUUUCUGAACACCCUGAACCAAGAUACAGGGAUGAGGAAACCAGCUCAGUCAGGAUUUGCACUGUUUUCUGAUGAUCCCUCUGGCAAGGAUAUAGAGCACUGUCUUCAAGGAAACAUCAAGAUCUGUGACAUUAUCUCAAAAUGGGAGCAAGCCUCCAAAGAACAACACCCUGGGAAAUGUGAAGGCACAAGGACUGUCCGCCUUACUUACAAAAACAGGCUUUAUUUUUCAGUUCAAGUUCAUGGGGAGACAGACAGAGAGAAGCUGCUGCUAGUGUAUCAGACAAAUGAUCAAAUAGUCAAUGGACUUUUCCCUGUAAACAAAGAAUUAGCAAUGGAAUUGACAGCCCUUUUAGCUCAGGUAGAAAUUGGAGAUUUUGAACGGCCUUUCUCAACUCCAGCAGGGCAAGUCACUUCCCAAUCCAAGUCCAACCAAACACUAAAGCAAGUCUUGGAGAGAUUCUACCCUAAGAGAUACAAGCAGGGUUGUUCAGAGGAACAGUUAAGACAGCUUUGCCAGCGACUGUCGACGAGAUGGAUGGCUCUCCGUGGGCACAGUGCCGCAGACUGCGUGCGCAUUUAUCUCACCGUGGCCAGGAAAUGGCCUUUCUUUGGGGCUAAACUGUUUGCAGCAAAACCUCUAGAAACAGCCUCAGUUGAGAGGUCCUUCAUAUGGUUUGCUGUCCAUGAAGAUGGCAUAAGCAUCUUGGAUUACAGCUCCAUGCGAUUAACAGUUACAUACACAUAUAAGAGCCUGAUGACUUUCGGAGGCUAUCAAGAUGAUUUUAUGCUGGUUGUUAAUAAUGCUCAGACAAAGGACAAAUCAACUGAAAAACACCUUUUUGCCAUGACAAAACCAAAGAUUCUUGAGAUCACUCUACUGAUUGCCAGCUACAUUAACAACUUUCAUCAGCUGAAAGGAGCUGCUCAUCAUCUCUCUGCUCCAGCAUUACUGGCACCUCAAAGUGGACAGAAACUCAAGGAAAUGGGGAGCCAGCCACUUCUUGCAACCACCAGACCAACUAAAUGUCCCACUUUGUUAUGAAAGGAUUAUGUCUCAUGAUAACGCGUCCUUGCUAGAGGUUUUCUACAUGGAUUGAAAAUCUUCUGACGUACAAGAUGUAGAGCAUCAGCAGCUCCAUAAACAAAAGAAAGGUGGACAGGUUUACAUUUGCUUCAGUGGCAUAUAACAGGAGUAGCUCUUUAAUUAAAGCUCUGGCCUGAACUGGAAAGAUGAUGAGUCAGUUCAAGGGUUAUGGUUUACUGGGGGUUGCUUGUGCCUACAGCUCAGAAAAAAUACAUCUGUUUAUAAAGAUGAAGAAAGGUGUCAUUGGAAACAACUGUACAGAUUUUUAUAGUUUUCUAGAUAUAUACUCAGGGACCAAACUGUCUUCAACUCAUCAUCUCUAUUUUUCAAAAUUAGACCAGUUGUAUAACUUUCAUUUUGAAAAGGAAUUUUUGUUUAGAAAAGCAGUCAAACACAAAAUACUUUUCACUUCCAGCACCAUCCCUAUUUGCAAUACAAGUGUCAUGGGACUAAAAGGAACAAAUUGUGUAUAAUUGUUUCUCCUUUGAAAAAAACCAAGCACAUAAGGACAUCAUGUAACUACUACAAAUUUAAAGAGUAUUCUCACUAUACACUCUAGCCUUUGUUAUACAGCUGCUUUACUUGGCAAAUCUUCAGCCUUAGUCUGGUAAAUUUCUAAAUAAACCCUCUCUGCUCCAGCCUUUUGAAAAAAUACAAAUUGGAUAGGCACUGUAUUUAGUAUAGUUUCGUUAAACAACACUCUGUAACUAAUUUCUCCUGUAGUCCAGAAUAAUAAUAUAAUACAGAUGGCAAGAAUGACUCACAAUUCAAAACACAAGAAUAACACAGAAAACCAUUGAUUGAAAUGUUGUGAGUAAACUUGGAGACCUAAAAUCCGUGUGCAAUAUGUAUAAUGUAUAUACAUUGAGUCAGAAUAGUAUUUACUUCUUGGUUUUCAUUUGUAUCUAUACAUUUCUUAUUAUAAUACUAAUAUAAUGUUCUUACACACUGAAGACAUGAUACUGCAUCUGCACUACUGGACCUAGGAGCACUUUCCAGUUGCCUUUUUCAGCUGCAAGCCUCAGUGCUACAUAGGUCAAAUAUAUAGAAAUUACAUCCUUUGUUUUUCUUCCAGUCCCCUCUUUUUGCAAAUAAACCACUUCUGCAGGCUCUGAAAUGGAUCAGCACCAUACUCCAAUAGAUAAUUUAGGUCCAGCCAUAAAGAAGGUACUCAAACAUAAAUCACUGAUUUAUGGACAUUUCAGUUUCCACUUCAGCUCAUGCUAAUGAUCAUGGAUCAUUAAUCCCUUACAGCCAGCCCUCAUUGGUUUUUGUUUUCAUUAUUACUUAAAACUGAAGUAAUUCCUCAAUGGAAAAUCUCUGGUUUAUGUUCUUUAAAUAUUUCAAAUGCUUGUAUUGAGAGAAAAGGAAUUUCCAGCUGUUUGCCCCCUAUUAAAAGUAGGGAGUAUCCUCCUAAAGAAUUAAAAUAGAUUGGAAGGGAGAUAGAGGCCAUGAAGAGAACAUGGUCUUAAAAAGUGGAAAGGCAAACAGGCAAGCUGACUUGAUAAACAGAUUCCUUUAGAAAGCUCUCAAAGUCCUGCCACAGCUACUGAAGUUCACAGGACUCAAGCACCACUUGGUGAAUGGUAGCACGGGCCAACACUUUCUCUUGAAAAUUACAACCAAACAACACACAUACUAUAUCCAGAUGCUUUCACUUUUGCAAGGUGGAAAGAGCUUCCUGGUAACUUCCACCCUUUGGUGGUGGUUGGGGCACCAGACCCUUCUCUUUCCAUGAGGCAGGGCCAGCAGCAGGAGGUUUUACCUCCUCCUAGGCAGCCAGUCUCCUGUCAUCAUCCAGGGAAGCAUCUUGGGAGCUACAAGAGACCAACGGCAUUACUUCUUGAGUUGCACCCCUUGGCAAGUGAUACAGAUACCAUGGUGAAAUUCAUUUAGGAAUUAACACCCCUUUGCAAUCAGCAGAAUACUUAACUCUCAGAUGAGGGGGGAAGGGUGUUUACAAAUUCAAACAUGUUACUGCAUCAGUUAGGUCAUAGUCUAAAGCUUCUCAAAUAUGAUUAAAAACUUCCAUUUACAAACACAAAAGUCUUCUUGUAAUCAUGAAAUUAUGAUAACCCGGAAUGAUCCAGCUAGUAGUCUUUCCUAAUUGUCCAGUUUCAAAUGAAUGUGGCAGAUCAGCUUCUCUUAUUAGGAGGCAAAAAAAGUGGAGCAUUUUGCUAGUGAGCUUGUUCAUGUAGUUUUUUAAAUCUUUGUUGAAUUUUGAGACAUGAUAAACAAUACAAUCAGCUGAUGUGCAGAUUUGGAGAUUUGGAGAUUUGGAAACAACUUUCAUUAGCAACAUUACAAACAGUUGUUCUAUAAAGCACUGUGCAAUCUAUCAAGCAGAGUAUGACCUUCCUGCUUGCCUUUGGGUAGGAAACUCCAGACACUGCUUUGCUUUUCAGUGUUGAGCUCUUGUGGCUGCAGUAUGUCCCUACAUCAUUGUAAUCAGAAGCAAUCCAUGCAUUAGUUCCCUUUUUUUGGCAUGACUUUCCAAACUUACUACUGCUAGCUGGUCAUUGUAGGUCACCAUUAAUCCCAUACAGUCACAUGACCAGAAAUGCUGUGUUACUUUUUAUGAAAUAAAUGCACUCUGAGUUACUGUGACAACACUGUGUUAAACAAUGCUUUCCGGUUUGAUUAGCAAGAGUGAGGUUUCUGUAGUGACAGUAACCUCAGCAGGCACUUCCCUUCAAGGUAGCAGGGUCACAAGUGGAGUCUCUUUCACAUGCAAGCACUCUUCCAAGCACAGCUCUGCAUAUCUCAGGGCCUUGCUCCAUGGUAAUCAAGCUCCAGAGCUACUUAAAGAAUACCACACAAUGCAAGGCAGCAAAGGUGAAAAUUUCACAGUCCAAGCAGGUAAUCUGUUCUGCCUUCCCCACCCAGCCCAAGCCUCAUGAGUGAUCCACAUUUCAGUCUCGAGUCAUCCACCAAAGAAAUUCACACUGUGCUACCUAAUCCAUGACUAAAGCCCAGGUAGGAACCUGACCUUUCUCACCUCAGCAGUGAUAAUACUGUGGGAGCUGUCAAAUGAGCAGCAACUUCUGGGACUGUUGCUGGAAAACUUCCCAUGCUCAAAGCUUGCAGAACCUAGGUUGUAAAAAUAUUGGUAGGAUGGGAUUAAUAUGUUAGCCCAUGCAAGGAGACUUCACCUUCUACCAUGAACUUCAGAAUACCUUUCAUGCUUGCUUUGAGCUAGUGGUCAGAAUCAACAAUCCAUGUAAAUGAUCAAUGAAUCUGAACUUGACAAUGACUGAAAAAUCACUGGUAAAUGCCUGUAUAAACAAUGACACUGAUUUGAAAAGAGUACUUGGAGUGCAAUGUAAAUUAAUAUAUUACUUGAACUUCACUUUGCCUUGUCAAUUUUUGAGCAGCAGUAUUAGUAAGAACAGCUGAUUUCUAGAACAAGCAAGACCGAUUUGUAGCACACCUGGCAAAUGAUAAAGCUUUAAGGUUUUAAUACAA